CCGAUCUUCUCUCUUCUGGUUGCGGACACACAGAUCGCCGUACGGAGAAUGACGCAACGGCCAAGCGACCGACUACACGCGCGGCCCACGGCUCCCUCCGCCUUGGGGUGUUCCCAGUGGGAGGUCCAGAUCCAGGGGCCCCUCGGCCCUCACUGGGCCAGGGCCACCCUUGGCAACGCCAGGCCGCCCAGGGAAAAAAACACACAUCCGAGCCCGAAAAUGCGCGGCGCCGCGCAGGGCAUCCGGGAGGCGGCGAGCGCAGCCCUUCGGCGGCGCACUCAGAGGGGUGGCGCGAAGGGGGCGUACCGUUGCCCUGUCUCUGCGCGCGUGCCGUCGGGCCCCGGGCGCGCCGCGCGGGGGGGGCCCGCGGCGGCGCGCCCUGCCUCCUCGCAGCGGUCGCGCAGGAGGCGGGCAGCGGCCCCGCCGCGUCCAGCGACAGUAAUCUGCGUUAGCCUCAGCUGCAGCAUCCACGAACACGAACCAUGGCCUCAGAGAGGCUUCGUGCGGGUGUACGCGUCGUUCCUUUCUAAUCGUGCUCGUUUGUAGUUGUGCUCGUUUCUAAUUGUUCCUGGCCCCCCAGUGGCCACGCACUGUGGGCGCGUGCGCGCGCUCUUCGGCGCCACCCGGACGGGUGCUCGGCGGACCCGAGGCUCAGACAGGACGACUGCAGUGUCAUGAUGCGACCGGCUGAGAACGCGUUCUGGGAGUUCUGGAGUCUCUCUGCCGGCCUUCCGCCGCGCGUGCUCGGCCAUUCUUCCUGGCCCCGCGGGGCAGCAAGGCAAGCUGGCAAUCUUGGAGCACGUCGUUGUCACUGUGACUGCUUGCCGUUCCAGACCCGGAUCGAUGCGGGGGGAGCGGCGCUCUCCUGCACGCUGCUGCGUCAUCACCGGGCGCCUUCCCGCUAUCUUCCCGCCACCUGCAUGUGCAGUGCCGAGGUACCAGGAAGCUGGAAGCACACAUGGCUGGGCUCACACGUGGAACGUCUGGACAUGAAGGGCCACGCGCUGGAUAUAUA